AUGACGUCGNGUCACCAGGAGUCACAACCUCAAGGUCACCAAGGGACGCAGUCUCAGGUAGAUGCGGGAGGUUACAUGCCUCCUGUGAUUGAUCGAGACGGGAAGAUGUACUACGAACAUACCCCUCCGUUCCCUUUGUUUGAGGACAUCGUGGAGGUGGUACCACCCCUCUGCCCAAACAAUUUCCUUGUCAUGUUUGCCACUCCUUCAGAAAUGGUGGCCUGGUCUGAGGACAAUGAAGGAGGAUGGUUGCUCUCGGCACUGUACUUGGAGUUUAUAGAGUAUAUAAGACGCAGAGAACGCAUUACUCUGCUGCCCACGCUCACGGAUGUCUGCCGUAGAGUGGCGUACAAUUACGCGUCCCAUAUGAAAGACAGAGAUUACCAUGGAAUGAAGAGUGUGCCGUGUCUGGAGCAUAAACUUACACGGGACAUCCGCUUCACACCGAGAACAGAUCAGUCAUGAACGUAGGGCUGUGUUACAAC